GUACACCUUGACCGUACAACAAAACAACUCAAACUCUCCACCUCCACCCUUUCGAUCGUCGAUUAUUUCUCAUUUCAAUCAACUUCGACUCUCUCAACAUGCUUCGAUCAAUCGGAACCCGAUCUCUACGUCAGAUCUCUGCUUCGACCAAGGUUGUCCCACAACUCAGACAAUCAAUCCCUUCGAUCUCUGCUAAUGGUCAAGGAUACGCCACUAUCGCUGUCCCAUCCGAUCACUCAUCUACCGCAACCAGUCAAUCUGUCCCCUCCAUCAGUAAUAUCGAAGCAGCAUGGAAAGAGAUGACCCCACAAGAACAAGAAUCUAUCUUCCACCACUUGGAGGGACUCCAGAAAAAGGACUGGAAACAACUAUCAUUAGAUGAGAAAAAAGCUUCUUAUUGGGUCUCUUUUGGUCCACAUGGUCCUCGUGAACCUAUACAUCCUCCAGGAUCAGGUCUCAAACUCCUUUUGGGUAUCACUGGUUGUGUGACAGCCGCCAUUGCCAUCUUUGUCGCGAUCCGACUCAAUGCUCCUGAGCUGCCUCAUACUAUGUCGAAGGAAUGGCAGGAGGCUGCAACGGAGCGUGCAAAGGAUCAAAAGAUGGAUCCUUUCACUGGUGCAUCUGCUGAAGGAAAGAAGGCGAGAACUUUUGUGCAAUGAACGGGCUUGUGGCGCCCACAAAACAAUUCCGUUUGCCUGAGGUGCAGAUUGAAUGAUUAGGGGAGAUCUUUGACGUUGCCCUGCAUCCCAAUUGGUGUUUCAUAUAAUCAGCUUUUUUUAACUAGAUUUGAGUAUGAAAAAUCUUAUUCCAUCUUUUUUCAUCUAUUUGGCAUUGAGCGUAUUGGUCAAGCUAAAGAUUUGAAGAGUUUGUGGCACAAAAUUUAUAUUUGCUUCUUCAAGUUUCGUGUGAAUGUUUUCUUUUCAUCUUGCUCUCCUCUGUUACCACGUUGACUCUCACGCGCAGAAAUACUUCUCAUGAACUCCAGCAUAGCUGAUGAGAGUGUUUGUUGGCC